CCGACCUUUCUGGUUUGCAUUGGUUUCGUUCGUCUCGUUCUCUCCUCUCCCAACUACUCGUCCUCCGCGCUCUCCUCCUUCAAUCCGCCUUUCUCUCCUCUUUUGGUGUUUUGGUUUGAUCGCGAUCCCGUGGAUCGGUUUUGUUAUGGUCGCGUGAGUUGCGCCGAGAGAUGGGAGACGUCGGAGGAGGAGUUUGUACGGGGGAGAGCGUCGGUGGCGGGACCGACGUCCGGAGCUCGUCCGGCCCCGCGGCCGCGGAUCACCUCGUCGUGAUGGUCCACGGCAUCCUCGGGAGCACUGCUGACUGGAAGUUUGCAGCUGACGAGUUUGUUAAAAUGCUUCCAGAUAAAGUGAUAGUUCAUUGUAGUGAAAGAAACAUGUAUGGACUAACAUUAGAUGGUGUUGAUGUUAUGGGUGAACGAUUAGCAGAAGAGGUAACUGAGGUGAUCAACAAAUGGCCAGAUCUUCGAAGGAUUUCUUUUAUUGCACACUCAGUUGGAGGAUUAGUUGCAAGAUAUGCAAUUGGUAGAUUAUACAUACCUCCCGAAAGAAAAUCCCUGGAGGAUCCCCUGGAUACUGUCUGUGAUGACAGUAAAAGAGGUACUAUCUGCGGUCUGCAAGCAAUGAAUUUCAUCACAGUAGCUACACCUCAUCUUGGAUCUAGGGGAAACAAACAGGUCCCAUUUCUUUUAGGCGUCACUGCUAUUGAAAAAGUUGCAUCUUGUGUUAUUCACUGGAUUUUUAGAAGAACUGGCAAGCAUCUUUUUCUAACAGAUAAUGACGAAGGAAAGCCCCCAUUGUUGCAACGAAUGGUGGAUGAUUGUGAUGAUCUUCAUUUUAUGUCUGCUCUGCAAGCAUUCAAACGCCGAGUGGCUUAUUCCAACGUUGGCUAUGAUCACAUAGUUGGCUGGAGGACAUCAUGCAUACGACGCACUUCUGAGCUGCCUAAGUGGGAGGAUUCUUUUAGUGAGAGAUACCCACAUAUUGUAUAUGAAGAAUACUCAGCAGGAAGCAGAAAUGAUAAGUGCCCUAGUGACUCACUUAUGAAUGAUGACUGUGAUUUGUUAGAAGAGAAGCUGGUGACAGGCCUCACUCGUUUGUCUUGGGAGAGGGUGGAUGUUAGUUUCCACAACAUCAGCAUCCAGAGGUUUGCUGCACACAGUGUGAUUCAGGUUAAGGAUCCCUUCAUGCAUUCAGAAGGUGCAGAUGUUAUACAACAUAUGAUCGAUCACUUUCUUUGAAAGAGCUAAAGAAAUUUUUGGCCGUGCCGGACACCCAUCACUCAUCGGGUAUCGAUAAAGAGCUCCUGAAUUCUCGAUACAAAACUGGCUAACGAGAUUAAUAUAGUUAUAUCAAUCAGCCUAGAAGCUUUUCUUAUCUUAAUCCUGUAGUUCUCAGAUCUCUUACUGUCAGCAUUGGCAACUGUAUAAUAAUAACAUUGAAAGUUUCAAAACGUUACGAGAUUCAUUAUAUUUAUCCCUUA